UCUUGGUAAAGAGUUAAAGCGACAUAUUUGUUGUCUUUAAAAGGGAGGAAGUUUCAGUCACCACUCACCAGUGUUGGUGUGUCUCCCUCUUUCUGUCUUUUUUGCUAGUUUUGAUUGCUGGAAAAUAGUGGAAGACUCUAAAAAUGGAUCAGAUAGAGCACAAAUACAUUGAUGUAAGAGGUCUGAAGCUUCAUGUAGCCGAGAUAGGAACAGGGGCGUCAGUGGUGGUGUUCUUGCAUGGGUUCCCGGAGAUUUGGUAUUCAUGGCGGCAUCAGAUGAUCGCCAUUGCCAAUGCCGGAUUCAGGGCACUAGCACCUGAUUUCAGAGGCUACGGCCUCUCACAACAGCCCCAUGAACCAGAGAAGGCCUCAUUCAAAGACCUCCUUGAUGAUCUCCUUGUCAUUCUCGACUCCUUCUCCAUUCCCAAGGCUUUCCUCAUUGGGAAAGAUUUUGGAGCCCCUGCUGCCAAUUUGUUUGCAGUUCUCUUCCCAGAGAGAGUCUCAGGAGUGGUAACACUGGGUGUACCAUAUGUUCCCUCUCCAGCAUCUUCAUUAUUUACCCAGCUUCCUGAAGGCUUCUAUGUUUUGAGAUGGCAGGAACCUGGAAAAGCUGAAGCAGAUUUUGGUCGAUUCGAUGUUAAGACGGUGGUGCGAAACAUCUACAUUCUUUUCUCAGGAAGCAAACUACCAAUAGCUGAUGAGAAUCAAGAGAUCAUGGACUUGGUGGAUCCAUCUUCUCCUCUGCCACCCUGGUUCACUGAGGAAGAUCUUGCAGUUUAUGCAACAUUAUAUGAAAAAUCUGGAUUCAGUACUGCAUUGCAAGUCCCAUAUAGGACAUUGCAAGAGGACAUGAACUUGAGUGAUCCAAGAGUUAAAGCACCAGCACAGCUGAUCAUGGGGGGAAAGGACUAUUCCCUCAAAGUCCCAGGAAUGGAGGACUAUGUGAUGAGUGGAAAGGUGAAAGAUUACUUUGUCCCUAAUUUGGAGAUCACAUUCUUGCCUGAAGGAACACAUUUCGUUCAGGAGCAAUUUCCAGAGCAGGUGAAUCAGCUCAUUUUAACUUUCCUCAGCAAGCAUACUUGCUAAAGUCCUGGGUGAUCACUAUCUCUGUUGAAGAUAAUCCUUCCUGGUUCAUCACUUUGUAUUAGCCUUGUGUAAAUUUUGGGUCCAUUCUCAACCAUUUUGUAAUUAAACCAAAAAUAAAGUUAAUUCUAAAAUCGUAUUUACAUUGGAAUAAGGAAGGAGUGGAGAGGUGUAAGGGAAGGUGUUAAAGUUUGUCUCAGAAUUCUUGAUCCGUUUUGAAUAAUGAUCUGUUUCAAUAUAUUUUGGUGAUGAUCCGAAUAAGAUUUUUUUCUAAGAUCUA